AUGCCUCCUAAGAAAGGCGUCGACUCGCCCAUGAGCGCCUUCGAGCGCAGGCGACAAGAGAAUAUGGCGUCAAACCAGAAGAUUCUAGCCGAUGUCGCCGUAGUCGCUAAGAAGGUCAUGCCGACACCCCAGAAGAAGUCAACGCCAACCCGAUCGAAGACCCGGACUCCUGCGAAACGGGAACCUGCAAUGCCGACUCGGCAGUCCUCACGACUCGCUGGUCUCGAUGCAGACAACGAUACCUUGAAGCGAAAACUAGCGGUCGAAGCCGAACAUGUCGCAGCGGAGGCGAAGGCUAAAAGGUUGAGAGUGAAUGGAGACCUAAAACUCGGCGAUAUUGCUGUCGAGGGUAAGAAGUAUCUCGCUGGUGUGGACGGGUUCAAGGGCCUUGUCCGUGGUGCGCAGCCCGGAGUCCGAACGUUCACGGAGGAAGAUAUUAAGGAAACCACCGACAAGGAUUUGAAGGAGCUGCGAAAGCACAUCAAGAUCACACCCCAACGAGUCUAUGCUCUCGGCCUUCAUCCCACCGAAUCGAAGCCCCUUAUCUUUGCUGGCGACAAAGAAGGUAACAUGGGCGUAUUUGACGCUUCGCAGUCUGCUCCUGAAAUAAGCGAUGAAGACGAAGAUGCGUCUGUGCCUGAUCCUGUCAUUUCUGCGUUCAAGAUACACAGUCGCACGAUAACUUCAUUCGUUUUCUCUCAGCAGGAUAGCAACUCUGUUUACACGUCUUCAUACGACUCGUCAAUUCGGCGACUGGACUUGAACAAAGGAGAGUCAUACCAGGUAUGGGCGCCAUCGGACCACAAUGAGGAUCUGCCCAUAUCAGCUCUUGACAUGGCAGAGUCGAACCCUCAUAUGCUUUACUUCUCUACACUAGAAGGCGGCGUCGGUCAGUACGACACUCGAACCUCCGAUGACGCCGAAAUUUGGACACUUUCGGACCAGAAGAUUGGUGGAUUCUCUUUGCAUCCGCUCCAACCUCACUUGCUCGCGACUGCAUCAUUAGACCGCACACUUAAGAUUUGGGAUCUUCGCAAGAUCACUGGUAAGGGAGACCUGCGGCAUCCUGCCCUCCUUGGAGAACAUGGCUCGAGGCUGUCUGUAUCGCACGCAUCUUGGAGCCCUGGCGGCCAUAUUGCUACUAGCUCUUAUGACGACACUAUCAAGAUCUACAACUUCCCCGACGCUUCGUCUUGGAAGCCCGGCCAGGACGUUAGCAUUGAACCUACCCAUCAAGUACGCCACAACAAUCAGACUGGUCGUUGGGUGACUAUUCUGAAGCCUCAAUGGCAGAAGCGGCCUCAUGAUGGAAUUCAGAAGUUUGUCAUUGGAAACAUGAAUCGUUUUGUGGAUGUUUUUGCCUCAGACGGCAGCCAACUGGCUCAGCUUGAUGGGGAGGGUAUCACUGCAGUACCAGCCGUCGCACACUUCCACCCGUCUCGCGAUUGGGUCGCUGGUGCAACAUCCAGUGGAAAGCUUUGUUUUUGGCAGUGA